AUGAUGACCUUUUCCGUCGGGAUCUACGAGAGUGUCAAAAACGGAGAAGUUAGUGGGCUGGCCAUCUUAGAGGAGUCGGACUUGGAACCCUCCGACUCUACUCUAUCGGCCCUGUCGGCUCUAUGCGAGCUAAACAAGCAAGCACGGCGCGCAAAUGCUGCUCAUGAUUAUGAAACCAUUCAAGAGACGAUUCAGUGCCUGGAAGUUCCGUUAGCCAGCUUGAACCAUGGAGGAGGACUACCCUCUAUCUUUAUGUGGAUAUUUUUAACUCCCACUGCCUUCUUUGAACUGGUAUCGAAGCGAGAUCCUCUGAGUUUGAUUGUCCUUGCUCAUUAUUGUGUUCCACUACACUAUCAUCGAGCGAACUGGUGGCUCUCUUCAUGGGGUUAUCGAGUGCUUGAGAUAGUUUAUAAAACCUUGGACAGCCAUCUUAGGCCUUCGCUUACAUGGCCGAUACGCGAGAUUGGGUACAAGGAAAGCGAGGGCUAA